AUGAAGAUCAUCGGGGGGCUCCUUCUGCUCUGCACAAUGACUCAUUUCUUCAGCAACUCGGAGGCCAGCACAGCUUAGGGCAUUCUCUUGUGUCCGUAGCAGGUGGACUGCAGCAUUUAUAAGAAGUACCCAGUGGUGGCCAUCCCCUGCCCCAUCACAUACCUGCCCGUUUGUGGUUCUGACUACAUCACCUAUGGGAAUGAAUGCCACCUAUGCAUUGAGAACUUGAAAAGUAAUGGAAAAGUUCAGCUUCUUCAUGAAGGAAGAUGUUAA